UUAUAUGCUUCAAUUCAAUUCAAGAAUAUGUUAGAGAUAUACAACAAACAUUAGAGAGAGUGAGCAAAGAAAAAACCAACAAUUUUCUUCGUCUAAUUCUUGAUCUCUCUAUCAUUUAGAUUUCGGUCUAACUGUAUAGAAAGCCUAGCAACAAUGAGCCAACAAGGGGAAAAUGAAGAAAUUUACAACUCCAUGGCUAACAUUGAUGAAAGUGAUGCUAUCUCAACUUCAUCAGAAAGAGAAACAACAUUGCGGUUUUCUUCUGUCUCAAGUUCAAUGAGUGCAACAAGAAUGGAAGAAAUUUUGAAUAUAAAUAAUGUUGAAACAUAUGUAACAAGAGAGAUUCAAAGUCAUAGGAGACUUGUAAGAUCUGAGAUGGUUCACCGUAAUCCAGUGGGAACUAUGAUUCCAGUUGGCAGUGACAAUGGUGAACAACAAUCCCUUGUUGUCCCAACUCAUGAUCCACAAAUGAUAAGAACAUUGGUGCAGAACAAUAACCGAAUUGCUUUUCACACUGCAAUUGAACGUCUACAUUCUGACGAACUUCUAAGACCUCAGGAUAUAAGGGUCCUCCACAGUCAGCUUAUGUUACAUUUCAAUGAGUGGCAGUGGAUGAAGAAAAUGAGAGGAGGGCUUACUGGGGAAGAAAUAAGAAAGGCCAUUAGCGGUAAAAUCUUUGAGGAGACUUCACAAAUUAAAGAAUUAUGUUGCAUUUGUCAGGAGGAAUAUAUGAAUGGAGAAGAAUGUGGAAAGCUGGAUUGUGAACACUAUUUUCACAUGAAGUGCAUUAAGAAGUGGCUUACAGAAAAAAAUAUGUGCCCUCUUUGCAAGUGUAUGGGAUUAGCUUUUGUUGAUGAACUAAUUGAUGGAUGAUGAUGACUAAAUCAAGCAGAGUUUCUGGGUGUUUUUUCUUAAUUAUGUUAAGAGUUUGGUGUAUUUAUAUACCAUAACUUAUCUUGUUGUUGUUCCAUCACUUUAGAUGAUUUGAUCUAAUUACCAAUAAUACAUAUGUUAGAUUGGUUAUUCUAUUAAUAAA